ACCUCUUGUAUAAACCGUAAAUAAUACGAUUGUUGAACUUGUUGCGCUUUCCGAGCUGGGCAGAGAAAACGAAAACGUGCUGCUGUAAAAAUGUCGACCAGAAAUCCAAGUUCACUGGAAAGCUCUUAUGAUAUCGGUCCAUGUGACUCGACACAGUCACAGACAAGUUCAAUGGAAGACCAGAUAAGAGCAGUGAAGGACAGAGAAGUAUGUGUAGUAGACUUUAGGAAUUGCAGUGUUUUUCAGUGCACGACAUGCAACACAGUGCUUGGAGACUCUCUCGGUAUCUGUGGGGAAGUCCAGAACCACCAGUUUGUAAUUUGUUUGAAAGUUACUGAGGAUGUGAGGGUGGAUAAAAAGCUAGAGACGAGCUUGGAUGGUCAACUGGCUUCAUCCAUUUACCAAGGCCUUCACUGUGCUGGUUGCCGUGGUCGUGUUGGCCUGGUUCUUCACUCCACUCCAGAGCACCUGUCUGCUUUACGAAAUCUCUUCCUUUUACGAAAAGAACUGCUAAAUUGCUACAUACUAAGUGGCACUUGUGUUAAAGCCUCAAAAAUUACCUUCAAACCCAGACUUGUGGACAAAAAAAUUAAAGAGUUGAAACAGGAUUUAGAAGCUCAGCUGAAGCAGGUGAAGAUUUUGGAUGAAAUGAUGGAAAAAUUCUGCACAUACAAAAUGUAAACUGAAUACAAUUCAGCUCUCUUGUAAUGGUGUUGAAAUAAAACUAUUUUUGUAAGAA